GCUGGAGUUCUAUCCACUGCACCACCUAGUUGCCCCAAGUAAGCAAAAUUUUUAAUAAUGUCUUAUUAAAAUAAGGUACUGGGAAAAACAUAAAGGUGCAUAGUGGUGGUUAAUGCUGUAGCAUCUAGGUCACCUUCCCCUCUAUACAAUAUUUAUAGUGUGUUUUAAUGUAUGUAUGCCAUCUUCCAUUAUAAUGUACAUUUCUUAAGAUCAGGAACUAUUAUUCUUUCUAAUCCUGGUAUCAAGAAUAUAACAUAUAGUAUGUACUAAAUAAAUGCUUGUUGAUUGAUUGAGGUCCCAGUUUGAUUUCACAAGAAUUUUUGACACUAUUAAGAAUUGCUUAAAACCUUUUUAAAAAUAUCAGAAUUUUCCUUCUUUACAGGAAUGAUAUGAUAUAUUGGAAAGAAUACUGGAUUUGGAGCUAGAACUCUCCUACUGACCUUAUGCAUUACAAGUCAUUUAACUUUUGGACUUCAUUUUCCUCAUUCUGCAAAAUGAAUUAAGUUGGACUAGAAGAUCCCAGAGGAUCCCCUCUAGACAACCUUAAGAAUGGAAUCCAAACCUUCAAGGAUCCCUAGAAGGAUAACUGUUGAGCCCUCCAGUUCUUCCUUAAGUGCUCGAACUGUAUCUGGAGGCAGAGGAAGUGGUAUGAGUGAUGCAUAUCACCCAAGAGAAUCUCCAUUCAGACUGAAUUCUGAGCAUCAGGAGUCCAAUCUGUUGCAUACUUCUGGUAGAGACUGGGGAUUUGGAGAAAGAGAAGCCCAUGAAACUCCAUGGAAAUUUACCAGUUCCUCUCCAACUCACUUCUCAGGAACAUUUGAGCGUCCAUGGUCUGGAAACUUUUUGGGAAGUAGAAGCAGAUUGGCAACAUCAUCAACACUGACUUCACCUUUUCAGUCUUCAUGGUAUGGUGAAUCUGAGAGAACUCAGGGAGCAUACCCAAGAUUGCAAAACCAGCAACGAGAACAUGAUUCAAAGAGACCUAAGCUUUCUUAUACAAGUUGUACAUCUACCUCAACUGGGAGAAAUAGUGCAAGUGGUUUGAAUUCAAUAUCAGAUUCUUCUUGGAGAACUAGCCAAAUUCCCAGGUCUUCUUCAAUGGUACUUGGAUCACUGGGGACUGAAUUAGUAAGAGAGAGAAGAGAUCUGGAAAGGAGAGCAGAUCCCUCUAUUAAUCUUAUGGAUUAUAGUCACAGGAGUGGUGAUUUUACAUCUUCAUCAUAUCUUCAAGAUAGAGUUGCUUCUUCAUAUUCUCAAGGAGCAAGACCAAAAGAGAAUUCACUGAACACUUUAAGAUUAAAUACAUCAUCCAUGAACCGUCAAUGGCCUUCUGAACAUCAGUCCUCAUUUUAUUCUAGAGAACCAAGUAGAAAUUCUUCCAGAUCAAACUUUUCUCCAAGAGAAAUGGAAUCUCCCCAGAGGAGUGUACAGCAAGGUUUUUCUUACAUCCCAAAUAGAGAUGAAGCUUCUUCCAUUAAUAAUUCUGAAAGGAUUGGUUCAUCUCAAAGGUCAUUGACUGAGCCUUCCAAUGACACUGAAGGAAGGCGGACAACCAGGCAGUUGUUGUCUCGUCUAGCUUCUAGUAUGUCAUCUACCUUUUUUUCACGAAGAUCUAGUCAGGAUUCCCUGAAUACAAGAUCAUUAGAUUCUGAAAAUUCUUAUGUUGCUCCAACAGUUUUGACUUCUACACAAUCCAGUGGUAGUGCAGUUUCAUCUUCUGAAGUUCCAGAUAAUAGAACACCUGAAUCUUCUCAGGGAUUUAGAUUUCUUAGGCGAAGAUGGGGUUUAUCAUCUGUUGGCCAAAAUCCUAACUCUGAGACUGGUUCAGAAAACUUUAGCCAAGAGUCUGAAAGUAGAAAUGCUGGUUCCUGGUUGUCCUCUUCUCUAAGAAAUAGAUGCACACCUUUAUUUUCAAGGAGACGUCGAGAAGGAAGAGAUGAAUCUACACGAAUUCGCACUAGUGAUGUGCCAUCUAGACCUCAUCAUGUUUUGAGAAGAGAGUCUAAUGAAGACGUUCACCUUGAAACACAAAAUGAGUCCCUUGGGACUACUGCUAACAGAUCACAAACCCCUACAGUACCCAGCAGUGCAGCUGCUUCUGCUGCUUCCACACCAGAUUUGGCUCAUAGUGGAAGAAAUACAGGAAUAUCUGGAAUUCUUCCUGGUUCCUUAUUCCGAUUUGCAGUCCCCUCAGCUCUAGGAAGCAGUUUAUCUGACAAUGUCAUGAUCACUGUAGAUAUUAUUCCCUCAGGUUGGAAUUCAUCUGAUGGGCAGAAUGAUAAGACUAAAACCCUACCAUCAAGAGAUCCAGAAAGGCUACAAAAAAUAAAAGAGAGUCUUCUCUUAGAGGACUCUGAUGAAGAAGAAGGUGAUUUGUGUAGAAUUUGCCAGAUGGCAGCUGCAUCAUCUUCUAAUCUUCUAAUAGAGCCAUGCAAAUGCACUGGAAGUUUGCAGUAUGUUCAUCAAGAAUGUAUGAAGAAGUGGUUACAGGCCAAAAUUAAUUCUGGUUCAUCAUUGGAAGCUGUAACCACCUGUGAACUGUGUAAAGAAAAGUUACAGCUUAACCUAGAGGAUUUUGAUAUUCAUGAACUUCAUAGGGCUCAUGCAAAUGAACAAGUUAGUAUAUUUUGCCUAAUUUGGCAGAGUAUGAGUUUAUCAGCUCGGGUCUGUACCUGGUUGUAUUGUUGCAUUUAUGUGAACAAAGCUUUUCUGAUAUGCUGGGAACUGCGAGUGAAGCUAGCACACGUGUCCGAUUUAUUAACCUUGCAAGAACUCUUCAGGCACAUAUGGAAGAUCUUGAAACCUCUGAAGAUGAAUCUGAAGAAGAUGGAGACCAUAACAGAACAUUUGACAUGGCCUAACAUCAUGUGAGACGAAUGAGCUGCAAACAAUUGAUAAUAAAAUAACAAUUAAUUUGGGUGGGAGGGGAUGCUUAUUAAAAGUACAUUGAAUAUUACUACUUUUAUUUCAAAUGUUGCUGACUUCAAACUACACUGUUAUGCCCUAAAACAUGGCCAGUGAAAAUAAUAUGUUUAUAGACUGGCAGUUUCAUGUUGAUUUUUUUUUUUUUUUUUUUUUUUUUCCUCCUUGAGGUGAGUGGGAAAGUAUUAGCUUUGUUUCAAGUAUUUAAUUCUCCUCCCCUCAUUUUGUGUUCUGAUUACUGUAGUCAGAUUAUAUUUAUGGAAGAUGAUUCAAUUUCAAUUUUAUCCCUUGAUAGUAAAGAGAUUGGAUACUUUUGAAGAUGGGAGGGAGGGAUGGGCAGGAAACAGGAUGAUAUUUUUCUGUUUAAACUUCCUUAAGUUGCAGUCUCAUUUUGAUAAUCAAUUCCAGUGUUUAAAAAAAAAAAGUAAGCAAGUGAAACUUUAUGAAAAGCUGUAAUAUUAGGUUUCUAAAACAAAUUUAAACUCUUAACUCACUUAAACAGCAAUAAAAGAUUACGAGGAUUUAAAUGUUUAAAUGAUGGAAUUAUUAUGUUUUGAUUUGAAAUCUGAUUGUAUUUGAUAUAUGUGGUAUGCAGGUAUUCCAUUCAGGAAUAUUACAACUCUAAAUUUUUAUUUCAAAAUUGUCUGCAGAAAUGCAACUUAUCAAAAUUAUUGCAAUCUUAAUUAAGCUGUUAAUUAAAAGUUUUUUAGAUCCCACAUUCACAAUUAAAACACUGGUUAUCAAUGUGUUUUUUAGUGUUGUCAUUUCUAUAAUAAAUAAAUAUGAUGUAUAUAUAAUUGA